UGGACUCCAACCCACCAGCUUCCUACCACAAAUUGCAACGAGCGUGAAGCCAAACAGUCGCUUCUGGACACCAACGGAGAGGCACCAACGACGCGCUGUUUUCGCUCCAGGCAUCAGAAACAAGUGAAGAAGGGAAAUAAACAACUUUCGAGGAUCAGCGCUUCCUGACAGCAGCGCUGUUAGGAGUUUUGUUUAGGUUUUGUCAGCUACUGUGUUUAACAUGCCUAACAUGGAGCUGGACAUCAGGAACUCUAGUUCACACAACCAGUCAGAGGUUUUCACAUCAGUCUUUAAUGCCAGCUGCCGUUUUAAUGAGGAGUUUAAAUACAUCCUGCUUCCUGUAUCCUAUGGCCUGGUUUUUGUUGUUGGGUUCGUUCUCAACGCCAUGGCAUUGUGGAUGUUCAUAAAGAUGCGUCCGUGGAACCCGAGUACCGUGUACAUGUUCCACCUUGCCCUGUCUGACUUUUUGUAUGUCCUUUCGCUGCCCACUCUCAUCUACUACUACGCCAACCGCAGCGACUGGCCCUUCGGAGUGGCUGCCUGCAAAAUAGUCCGCUUCCUCUUUUACGCCAAUCUCUACUGCAGCAUCCUCUUCCUCACCUGCAUCAGUGUGCAUCGGUAUCUUGGCAUCUGCCACCCCAUCAAAGUGCUGACUAAGGUAAAGUCCCGUCAUGCUCACCUGGUGUGUGGCUCGGUGUGGUGUGUCGUGACGGUGUGCCUGGUGCCCAACCUCAUAUUCGUCACCACCUCCAGGAGGGACAAUGACACGCUGUGCCAUGACACAACCAAUCAGGAAGCUUUCGAAAAGUACGUUGACUAUAGUUCUGUCGUCAUGGUGCUGCUGUUUGGCGUCCCCUUUAUAGUCAUUUUGGUGUGUUACUGUCUAAUGGCGCGGACCCUGUGUCAGCCCAGACGAGGAUUAUCUUCCAGCCAGCAGACCUCCAGGUCGCGGCAGAAGUCCAUCAAGCUCAUCAUCGUGGUGUUGGUGGUGUUUGCUGUCAGCUUCGUCCCAUUUCACAUCACACGGACUCUCUACUACACGUCCCGUGUGUUGAAUCUCAACUGUGAGUUCCUCAACAUCGUGAACUUCACCUACAAAAUCACCAGGCCGCUGGCAAGCAUCAACAGCUGCAUCGAUCCGAUCCUGUACUUCCUGGCUGGAGAUCACUACCGCUCCAAACUGAUUUUCAUUCUUAAAGGAGGAAGAAACCUGAAAUACAAUCAAAGUAUACCGAACAGCAGUUUGGGUCUGGUGUGUAAGGCCUCGGCUCCUAAAGCCAGUGGAGAGGCUGAGAGAUAGUGAAGAAUACAAAGUAAUAGCUAUGUGUAAUGUAUUUCUAAUUGUCUACUUCUCCUGAAAGAUUGUACAAUAACUAUUUUGUCAUAGAUUUUACUUUCUUUAAGUAUGUUUUUAUUUACUGAUUCAUGUGAAAAUAUUUUUAACAUGUUCAAAGUCUUUCUCAGUUCUUACUGUAGCAAUACAUCUAUGCACAAACUCAAGUUUAAGGGUCAUUUUUAUCAAAUACAUGGUUCCUUUUUUCUGUGUACGAUUUGCCACCACAGCAGUAUUGAGAUAUAGAGACACAGAUUUGAGGAACACUUUGGUUACACAACAAAUAGAUUCCUGACUUUACUAAGACUGGCACUAAAGACUUGAAACUUGGCUUGAACUCAAGAUCUGGUGUUCAAAUCCCGCUCACAUCUUUCUCCAGUUGGCGAAAUCAGUGGUGAAACUCUGAAAGUGUAGUUCAUUGGUAACAUUGUUCCUUCGAGUGUUGCACUGUAUACACCACUGGUUGUCAAGGUAAUGCUAUGCACAGUACUUUCCAGGAAAACGAGUUAAUGGCAGCUUACAAAUUCAUCUGCUUUUGUUUAGUGAGAGAAAGAAAACCGUCAGGGCUCGAUGUAAUGCACGAAAUGCAGUUAGGCUCAAAAUUAUUCAUACCCACCAUUGUCCUGUUGAGUAAUGUCUGUCUAAUUCCAUAUCAGAAUCAAACUUAAAUAAUCAAAAUUAUUUUAAAAUCCAAAUAAUUUUGAGCUCAACUGUAUUAAAGGAGUGGACAGUUGGAGCACAGCGUAUAACCAGUAGGUCGUGGUAAAAAUAUAAAUAUAUAAUAAAUAUUAUAUUUAUUCUGGAAUUUGACAAUAGGUAGGGUUUACCUAUUUCUGUUUUUGAAUGUAAAGCUAAAUAAGUAAAGGCUUAUGAAGGAAUUCAGUAAUUUCAUUUAGAUGUACGAGAGAAGAAAUACAUCUAAUAAUUGAAGGAUAGUGGCUCUUCGGGAUGGAAAACUCGUUUAUCAAACUAAAAGCACCAGGACUAAAAUGAUUGGUGAAAAUAUUUGAGGGAGACGAAACAGUCAUGUCCCACUUUAUCCGUUCAGAACAGAGGUUAAAAAAAUAUACUAUGAAAUAUAAUCUUCUCAAUGUGUAGAAGUAAAAGAAAGAUUAAUAAUCAUUCAGUAUUACCUUGCACUGUUGAAUCAAUGGUUGAUGCUUAAAUAUAUUUUUUUUAAUUAAUGCAUUUUUAUGUCAUGAGAAGUGAAGCUAGAAAUGCAAUCCACACAUCAUCGUCGAUUACAUAUACAGUAGGAUGCAAUAAACUAAAAUUUGAAUUACUAACAUGUACUUAGAUGCUAUAUAAAAACAUACAUAUAUUUUACACGUUGAAUUGAAUGCUCUGUUGUUAAAUGUUUAUUUCUAAACGUUUUGUGAAUAAUAAAUGUUUAAUGUAAGAGUGUUCAUUUCUGUCAAUAUUCCAAUUCAAUUCACAAAUAUUUUAUCUGUACCAAAGUGAAUUUAAAAGUGGUUGCAACUGAUAUCAACCAAGUAUCUUUAACGAGUUGUCCUGGAUGUUGAUGCUUUGGAUUGGAAGAAUUUCCAGUCGUGGUCAGUGUUGCAACAAAUCUUAAAAAGGCCUCUGAUUGAAGACUGACUGCUAUUUGAGAUUAAAAGACUAAUUUCUGCUUUUAGAGUAUGUAAAUAGGUUUGGUGCUAUCAGUGCACAGUCAAAUUAACAAUAUUUACAAUAAUGUCCAGGGUAACUUUUAAGAAAAUGAUGUCUGACUGAUUCAAAAAUGUUCAUUAAAUAGAGUUCUACUGCAAACUUUUCUUAUGGUAUAUGUCAUUUAAACAUGCUAGUAAAAUCAGGAAUGAUAUCUGGGUGUUGUCUAGCAGAUGACAUGCCAGUGACACAAUCUUCCCCAGUCUAUAUGCAGAGUUUGCAUGUUGCUCUGAAACAACAGCUGCAACAAGUCCUGUGCCGGAUUCUAACACAGCUGUUUUUGUCCUACAUUCACAACCGACUUCCCCCCCCCCCCUUUACUUUCAGGGUUAAGAGUCAACCCUGAAAAACUCUGGCUUUCAGAAAUCGCCCACACCUCGGCAUGGGGGAGAGUUGGCUUUCCUUCCUUCUCUUUACCUCUGGGAAUGAUGAAAGGAAUUUCAAGGUCUUUUAACUCUGGGAUAGUUUCACUAAAGCAGAUUUCAUGACUUUGGAAACUCACUGCUACAAAUAACUCCAUUUGCAUGUAUAAAGCUGUCUGCCCCACUGUAUUUCUAUGAUAUGAACAGUUAUGUGGUAAUUACAGUUUGAUAUAACUUGUAAAGCUUUACAAUCUGAUGGUUGGAUGGUCAAAAACUGAAUAAAUCUGAAACCGAAAGAAAAUGCAGCUAAAAUCAAAAUGUUGUGUCUAUGUCAGGUCUGCAAAGUGACUUUUUAGGAGAAAGUGAAACUGAAACAAUUCAAUAGAAGUAGACACAACACAAAUUUUGUUUGGAAUAUGAGAGCUGAUUGUGUACGACCAAGCAUGACGGUGCAUGUUUGACUUUUAAUCAGCCAGAAACUAUGCAGACAGAGUUAACACAUUUGUAUAACUUUAAACCUGAAACGUUUUAAAGAAGAAAUCUAAAUAAA